GGAAGGGGCGCUACCCGUUGCUGCUGCCGACUGCCGGAGUGCAGCGCGGUAAUUGUGACGGAAGUGCGGCGGGUGUGAGAGGUCGAACGGGUGGGCCUGAGACUGAGCUAUGCCGUCGUGGGCGAUGAGCGGCUCCGCUUUCGGGUGCUUCUCUCUCAGGGCGCUGCUGUGGGCCGCCAGGAAACGCCCCGCGGUCCGCCGGCUCUUGUCUCCGUCUAUUCACCGCCGCGGAUUCAGUUCCCAGAGUCGUACGCUGGCCUACGCUAAGGACUUGUUUCUGGGCAAAAUUAACCAGCAUGAAGUUUUUCCUUAUCCAGAGAUCAGCAAAGAAGAGUUGGAGGAGAUCGGUCAACUUGUUGUGCCUGUGGAAAAGUUUUUCAAUGAGGAUGUUGAUUCAAAGAAUAUUGAUUUGGAUGCAAAAAUUCCAUCUGAAACCAUGAAAGGGCUCAAAGAGCUGGGCCUUUUUGGACAACAGAUUCCUGAAGAGUACGGCGGCCUUGGCCUAUCAAAUACGAUGUAUGCGCGACUCGGGGAAAUUACUUCCUUGGAUGGGUCCAUUGCCGUUACUCUGGCAGCUCAUCAAGCAAUUGGACUGAAGGGAAUCUUGAUUGUUGGUAAUGAUGAGCAAAAAGCCAAGUACCUGCCCAAUCUCGCAACAGGAGAGCACGUUGCAGCUUUUUGUCUCACAGAACCUGGAAGUGGGAGUGAUGCAGCAUCAAUUCAAACCAGGGCAACACUCAGUGACGAUGGACAGCACUACUUUCUCAAUGGAUCAAAGAUCUGGAUAUCAAACGGUGGAAUUGCAGAUAUUUUUACAGUGUUUGCACGAACAGAAGUAGUUGACAAAGAUGGUGCAACCAAAGAUAAGAUCACAGCUUUUGUGGUGGAGAGAAAAUUUGGUGGUAUUACCAGUGGGAAGCCAGAAGACAAACUAGGAAUCCGUGGAUCCAAUACUUGUGAAGUUCAUUUUGAGAAUACCAAAGUGCCAGUAGAAAAUGUCCUGGGAGAAGUUGGUGGCGGGUUUAAGGUGGCCAUGAAGAUCUUGAAUAGUGGGCGAUUUAGCAUGGGGAGUGCAUCUGCAGGAAUGAUAAAGAAGCUUAUUGAGAUGACAGCAGAGUAUGCUUGUACCCGCAAACAAUUUGAUAGGAAGCUGAGUGAGUUUGGAUUGAUCCAGGAGAAAUUUGCUCUGAUGGCUUUGCAAGCAUAUGUAAUGGAAAGCAUGGCUUACUUGACUGCAGGAAUGAUGGACCGUCCUGGAGAGCCAGACUGUUCUCUAGAAGCAGCUAUGGUUAAGAUUUUUAGUUCAGAGGGAGCAUGGACAUGCAUAAGUGAAGCACUGCAGAUUCUAGGGGGCCUUGGCUACAUGAAAGAUUAUCCUUAUGAAAGAUUCCUCAGAGAUAGCAGAAUUCUUCUGAUUUUUGAGGGCACUAAUGAAAUUCUAAGGAUGUUUGUGGGAUUGACUGGACUACAGCAUGCAGGGAAAAUACUUACUGGAAAAAUAAAAGAGAUGAAGAAAGGAAAUAUCGGAGUUGCGUUGGAGAUUUUAGGAAAAAAAUUGGGAGGUUCUUUGACCACAAAAGUGGAUUUUGGCCUCACAGGCAAAAAUGGUGUCGUGCAUCCCAGUUUAGAGGCGAGUGCCAAAAAGUUGGAGGAGAAUGUAUACGUCUUAGGCACCACGGUGGAAAAUCUGUUGUACAGAUAUGGCAAGACUAUAGUGGAAGAGCAACUGGUGGUAAAGAAAGUAGCCGAUGUUCUUAUUAACCUUUAUGCUAUGACAGCAGUUAUCUCGAGAGCUAGUCGCUCAAUCAGCAUUGGCCUCCGUAAUCAUGAUCAUGAGAUUUUACUUGCCAACACCUUUUGCUCUGAGGCCCAUUUCCAGAAUAACUAUCAAAUGGCAAAACUACAGAAAAAUUCUCCUGAAAAUCUUGAUGACAGCAUUAAGAAAAUAGCACAGCAAGUGCUGGACAAGCGAGCAUAUAUUUGCUCACACCCACUUGAUCGAACUUUCUAAGAAAUAUUUGAUCAUGGUUAUGGUCAAGUUGCAAAUAAACUUGGAUGUAACUACCUGACAAUAAAACAUCUGCGAUUAAAAGUAUGAUUUACUGAAUAAUUAAAACUGUAUUAAUUCUGUACACAAUUUUAAUUGUACAAUAUAAUUCAAAAGUUUUGUUCAGUAACAGAUUAAAGCAAUGUAUUUAUGAUAGAGAUGACCAAGCCACUUAAAUAUGUUCUACAUUGGUUUGAACAAAAAUUACAAAUAUUGUCAGGUGGUGAAUCAGGUAACUGGGUAUAUGUUAUCAUAUUAUCUUAGAAUGAUUAUAUUGCUAUAUUGUUGUCUUGAGAAUGAUGAGUCUUUAGCAUAUCCUUAGUAGGCUUUCAGACAUUGACGAUGUGACUACUUCAGUACAUGCUGAGGAAAAAUGCACAAAAAUAGCUUUAAUUUGAGAUCAAAACUAACCUAUGAUAUUGUUUUCAUUAUAGGCUUCAGAAUGAUUAAAGUCCUGGGAUUGGAGAGGUAGCUAUUUGUACAAUGACAUCAUGAACUUUAAUAUAGUACACUGAAGCAAUUCUUAAAAAUACAGAACAUUUGUGAGAGAAUAUUGUCACUGUUAGUUUGUUGCACAUUUAUGGCAGAUUCUGGUUAGCUUCAGGGAAUUUUUAAUGAUUAUUCAACUAAGUGCCUAGAUGUGUCCCAUCAGAAUUUAUUCAGUCCCAAAUCAGAACAGAUGAAUAUUCUUCCAUAGAAGGUACCUGUGUGCAGAUAGUUGUCCAGAACCUCUCACAAUUAAGAGUGCAAUGUAGCCAGUUGAGCCAAAGUUAUAAGCGGCCAUUAGAGAAAUUGGAUUAGUUCACAUUUAUUAAGUGGUUUCAUGGUUGAAUCAAUAAUUCAUUUGUUAUCUAAUCAAUUCUGCUAAAGUACCAAUAAUCUAGAUAAAGAAAAUGAUUAAGAAAAUCAUGUCCGAGGGCAGCAAUUUACUUGUUCUAUGCUGUAGCAAGGAGUUGUAUUAGAUGCAUUUUCUAUUUAUGCUUAUCACUUAAACCUGAUGCAUCUGCUUAACCUAUCAAUCUGGCGAUUUCUAUAUCAAGAAUGCCAACAAUUAUAUGUGACUAGCUUUAAAAUCAGAUUAACUUUGAGUAAGAUGAGGCCCUCUUGGUAGCAUGUUUUAGUAUGAUACAGUAUACCCGGUGCUGUUUUAUAUGAUGGUUAUUAAUGUCUUCUCUUGGUUUCUCCAAUUUAUUGGAGACAUUUUAAUUUCUGUCUCAGGCAUUUUGGAAUUUUAAUCAAAAACAUUUGAUGCCAGCUGAAAGUGGAGAAGUUGAGGGUAAAAUGGGUGGACUGACUGGGAGUGACACUGAACUCUGCAUACAAAGGUUGUAAAAGUGAGAUUGUUUUCAUUAUUGGAUAGAAUAUAGAGCAGAGGGGUUUUAGAUAGGCUGUAGUUAGAGGAGUAUGGAAGCCCUAUUAUGAAAUUCAAUGGCAAAAAAAAAUGGAGUAGGUGGUCAAAGCGCACAUGAAAGCAAACAAUGUUAUGGGAACGGCAACACUUUCCUUGGGUGAGAUAUUUAUCUCAAAGAGGCAGUUUCUGACUGUGAACAAAUUAAUACUGUUAACUGAACAGUGAGGAGAAUCUUUUGGUGGAAAGAAAGAUGUAAAGACAUAUCCAUUGUAGCUCUAGUUAUGUUUAUGCAAUUGACUUAAUGCAUUGACUUUUUGAGAUUAAUAAGGUCUCCACAGAUAAUGAUUUACUAUUUCAGAAGGCUUCUCAAUCUCCAAGAGCAACUUGGCAAAGUUCAAAACAAGAUUCAUGGUUAAAUCCUACAAAUAAAUAGAAGUUGGUUGAAGAGCAGAAAACAGUAAUUAGUUUUAUACUGGGAAUAAUUGUGUAUCUUUGGGACUGGAAAAGCAGAAUAAUGGCUAAUGGAAAGCCAAUAUGAUACUCAUCAAAAAUAAGCAUGGAUAUAGGAUGAUUGAAUCAUCCUACUAAACUGACUUUGGGCUGAGUUUAUCCUCGGUAGCCAAGAAAGAAACAGUCACGCAUCUAUGCAUCAGGACAAAACAACUGAGCAGUAUGGUGGCCCAGGUUUCAGGAACUGAUCAGAUUGAAAGAGGUAUAAAAUACUAAGCACUGACAAAUUUUGUUCUGGCUGACUUUUUCUCAAUUAAAUAUACACAAGUUCUAUAAAAUAAAUAAAAACAAUGAAUGAAAUAAAAUCAGGGUACAGCAAUAAAGUUUGGAAUUAUUUUUAAAUAGGAAUACAAUAUCUUAAGUGACAGUUUGAGAUUGGAACACAACAGAUGAGACCAGGCAAGGAUACUGGGAGAUCUCCACCCUUCAAGAAUUACUAUUAAACAUUGUACUUGCAUCUAGACUUCUGGUUUAUCAUAUUCUGAACAAUGUACCUCGAAUAACACAUGCAUUGAAGUAACAAACUACUUCAAGAGAAGAGCUAUAUUCUGCAAUUUGAUUAGUCUGGAUUGAUGUAACAAAAAUUCGAAACAAAUACAGCCUUCAGCUGGUUGAGAAAAUUUAAUUAGAAUUGUAAAAUAUUUACUAGAGGUCAAUUUUGGGAAUUCACUUGAUUGUAGUUAUUGCACCACUCGAAUACCAAUGACUGCAUUCUUUAAUUUCAAAGAUAACUAGUAUUAAAUUAUGGAAAAACAAGUUCAAUGUAUGUAUUCACUUUUGAAUAA